AUGUCUCUUCUACGAGCCCGACAGCCAAUUUUGGGGAGAUCCCUAACAUCAGGCCCGAUUCUUCCGCGGGCAUCUCUACCCUCAUCAACGAUUUUGCGGCACGAUCAGCUCCGAUCUUCUACUCGACUUUUUACUUCCUCAUCUGCGUCAUCUCCCUCUUCGAUUCUCUUCCCUCUUUCCCGAACCGGUCCAUCUUCAUCUCGAUCCUCCACCACGGCCAAUUUUGCCCGCGCCAAGCAUUCAACUUCGACCCAGCCCAAGGAGCCGGUUUUCAUCGCCUCCCUCCAAUCUCACAAGGAAUCGGCGCCUGUGACAAAGUCGGCAUCUCAGACCGAACUCGAGAAGCAGCAGAGAGAGUGGGAGGCCAAGCGCGAGCUUGAAAAUCUCGAGUACGAAUGGGAGACCAAGUCGGUGGAGAAGGCCGUCGAGCGCUACAAGAAGAUUUCGAAGAGUCUCAAGCAACUGGGGCUCGCCUUCGAGCUGCUGCAGGGCAAUCAGAUCCUGGGCCACUGGUUCGAGCCCCUCUGCGCAGCCAUCCGGGCCGAGCAGAACGCGGCUCUCCUCAAGACCUCUGCCGCCGAUGCGGCCGCCUCGCCGACGAAGGGGAAAAAGAAGACCCAGAAGGCUGAAGAUCGCGAGCUCAGCGCCUACCUGGUCACCAUCCCGCCCGAGAAGCUGGCUGUCAUCACCAUCCACGAAACCAUGUGCGAGAUCUUGAAGAGCCAUCAUCCCGAGGGUGCACCGUUCGCCGCGCUCGUCGUGGCCGUGGGUCGAGCCGUCGAGUACGAGUACAACUGCGAGCGCCUGGCCAAGGAGGGCUGGAAGCCGCAGCUGCGCAACCGCUCGGCCACCCCCACCAAGCAGCAGAUUUGCUCCCUCAUCCGCACGCAGAGCCGGGCGCAGUUCGAGGACGCCUCCUGGGGCGCCGCGCUGCACGCCAAGAUCGGCUCGCUGCUCGUCCAGCAGCUCCUCGGCACGGCCACCAUCGCGCGCAAGGCCGAGGAGGCCGACGUCGCCGCCGCCCAGUCGUCGCCCGCUCGGCUUCUGUCCGGAGCGCCGCGCAAGAGACCCGCGUUCGUCACCAAGGAGGAGGCCCUUCUCGAGCCGGCCUUCAACCACCACCAGGCCAUGCUCAGGGGCAAGCUCACGGGCUUCCUCGGGUGCCACGAGCAGGUCCUGGCCCUCAUGGAGCACGAGGAGGUGCAGCGCGGUGUCAUGCAGGCCCGCUACAUGCCCAUGCUGGUCGAACCCCAGCCGUGGGUCGCCCCCAACCAGGGCGGCUACCUCGUCGCGCGCACCCAGGUGCUCCGCGCCAAGGGCUCCCGCAUGCAGACCGAGGUGCUGCGCUCCGCGUCGAUGGACAAGGUCUACGAGUGCCUCAACCUCCUUUCCUCGACCCCGUGGCGCAUCAACAACCGUAUGCACGAGGUCAUCUGCGAAGCUUGGGACAAUGGCGGCGGCAUUGCCGACCUCCCCAGCCGUACCAACCUUCCUGAACUCGAACCGCCGGCCGACUACUACUCAGAUCUCGAGGUCAAGCAGAAGUUUGAUCGCGAGCGCAAGAAGGCGAAGAUCGCCAACUACAACCUUCAUUCGCUCCGUUGCGACGUCGCGAAAGAGUGCCAGGACAGGACAUUCUACUAUCCCCACAACAUGGACUUCCGUGGUCGUACCUACCCCAUUCCGCCCCACUUGAACCAUCUGGGUCAGGACCUGUGUCGUGGUCUCCUCACAUUUGCCGAGGGCAAGCCUCUCGGCGAGCUGAAAGUGCAUUUGGCCAACGUGUUCGGCAAUGACAAGAUCACGUUCGAGGACCGCGUGCGAUUCGUGGAGAACAACAUGGAACACAUCAUGGACUCGGCGUCCAAUCCGCUCGGCGGCCAGCGCUGGUGGCUGAAGGCCGACAAGCCGUGGCAGUGCCUCGCGGCAUCGAUCGAACUCAUCAACGCCUACAACAGCGGCCAGCCCGAGACCUACGUCUCCACGCUGCCCAUCCACCAGGACGGCUCCUGCAACGGCCUGCAACACUACGCCGCCUUGGGCGGUGACGAAAUGGGCGCCCGACAAGUGAACCUUCUGCCAUCGGAGCGACCGCAGGACGUGUACUCGGGCGUAGUGGAACUUGUCGUACGGCGACUCGAAGACGAUGCUGCCAACGGUGUGGAGAUCGCUCAGCGGCUGCUGGGCAAGGUGGACCGUAAGGUGAUCAAGCAGACCGUGAUGACCAGCGUGUACGGCGUCACGUUCAUCGGAGCGAGGCAGCAGAUCGAAAACGCGCUGAAGGACAAGGGCAAGGUGUCCGACGACGACAUGUUCCUCGCCUCCCGGUAUCUUGCCACGUCGACCUUCUCCUCCAUCAAGGAGAUGUUCAGCGGAGCGAGGGAGAUCAUGACUUGGCUCAGCGAUUGUGCGACGCUGAUCGCGAAGCAGGGUAAGCCCGUAACGUGGGUCACGCCCAUGGGUCUGCCGGUGGUCCAGCCCUACCGUACCAAGGGCAAGCAGACCCAGACCGUUGUGACGGCCCUGCAGAACGUGAUGCUGGUCAAGGAGGAAAACGACAGCCUGCCGGUCAACACCCGAAAGCAGCGCACUGCCUUCCCGCCCAACUACGUCCACUCGCUCGACUCCACCCACAUGAUGCUCACCGCUCUCCAGUGUCACGAGGCUGGCCUCACGUACGCGUCGGUGCACGACAGCUACUGGACGCACGCCUCGUCGGUGGACACGAUGAACCACAUCCUGCGACGAACGUUCGUCGACCUCCACUCGCAGCCGCUGCUCGACGACCUCCUGGCGCACUUCAAGCGCACCUACCCCGGCAUCGAGUUCCCGCCCGUGCCCCCCAAGGGCGACCUCGACCUCAAGGAGAUCAUCAACAGCCCCUACUUCUUCCAGUAG